UCAACACUGAUAUAUCAAAUAUAAUUUCACAUCUUAACAAUAUAGAAGCUAUUAUCUAACUUCUUGCUGAGUUCAAGCCUAUCUGACACCAGUUAUUUUGGGAAAGUAUGGAAAAUAAGAAUAAUUCGGCGCAGGUGCGUUUAUCAGCAGUGGGCAAAAAGAGUAAAAGGAAAAAGUCACAAAAGCAACGCUAUUGGGCUAAAAAACACCAACGUUUGCCUGAAAUUUGGAAUGGUGAUCAAUUUCGGACUAAUGGUGAAUCAAUUCCUGGGAGAGAGGUGGAAAAUAAUAAUAAUAGUAGAUUUGUCAGAAAGAGGAAAUUCGCUGGUUUAUUGUCCGAGACAACUCAUGUUGAAACUAAAGGAAAUAACGCAGCUGUGGCAGAUAAACAUUGGUCAAAUUCAACGCUGAAGGGUACGCUUUGGAAUCCAACCCCAAAAUGCUAUGACAUUGUAGAAUUGCAUAAAUCAGAGAUGCCCUUUAUUGAUCUUACUAUGUGCCCACCUACUCCAACUGAUCAAGUUGAAAAAAACAAACUCAACAUUGGGCCUCAAUAUUUAUCCAAUAAUGAGGAAGAAAGUGAUGUAGGUCAACCAAACAGGAAAGGGGAUAUUGCUACAGAAAUAUUAGCGGAUACUAAUGAAAGCAUGUUUGAAGUGCAUCAUUUAUUAAAUUCCACACCGACUGACAAAGUCGAAAACUCUAUACCAGAACGCUGUAGAAGUGUUGUAGAAUCAAUUUCGAAAGUGUGGCAAUUACUUAAUCCCAAUGGCAAUUCCGUUCCAACUGGUCGGGUGCAAAAAAUCAGACUUAAUAGAAGAAUAUUAAAUCCUCCAAAAAGGACAAUGGAUACAAAUUUCAAAGAUAAACUGAACUUAAUUGAAAGAUCGUUGAAAAAGAAAUGCACAGAAACAAUCGAUCAUACCAGUGCAGAUGUAAGUAGAAGGAGCAAUCCUGAGGACUCUGAUAAAAUUAUGACAAACAGUUGUUCGAUUCAGGAUCCAAGCACAAUAAGUGGUGUUGACUUGGAUUUAAUUGCAGACCUGAACGAAAACAUAUUUAAACCAAAAUGCACAGAAACAACCGAUGAUACAAGUGCUGAUGUAAAUAGAAGAAGCUAUCCUGAGGAUUCAAAUGAUACAGAUUUGUCGAACAGUUUUUCGUUUCAGGAUUCAAGCACAACAAGCGAUGAUGACUUGGAGUCAAUUGCAGACCUGAACGAAAACAUAUUUAAACCAAAAUGCACAGAAACAAGCGAUCAUACAAGUACAGAUGUAAGUAGAAGGAGCAAUCCUGAGGACUCUGAUAAAAUUAUGACAAACAGUUGUUCGAUUCAGGAUACAAGCACAAUAAGUGAUGUUGACUUGGAUUUAAUUGCAGACCUGAACGAAAACAUAUUUAAACCAAAAUGCACAGAAACAAGCGAUCAUACCAGUGCAGAUGUAAAUAGAAGGAGCUAUCCUGAAGACUCUGAUAAAAUUAUGACAAACAGUUGUUCGAUUCACAAUCCAAGCACAAUGAGUGAUGUUGACUUGGAUUUAAUUGCAGACCUGAACGAAAACAUAUUUAAACCAAAAUGCACAGAAACAAGCGAUCAUACCAGUGCAGAUGUAAAUAGAAGGAGCUAUCCUGAGGACUCUGAUAAAAUUAUGACAAACAGUUUUUCGAUUCAGGAUUCAAGCACAACAAGCGAUGAUGAGUUGGAGUCAAUUGCAGACCUGAACGAAAACAUAUUUAAACCAAAAUGUACAGAAACAAGCGAUCAUACAAGUGCAGAUGUAAAUAGAAGGAGCUAUCCUGAAGACUCUGAUAAAAUUAUGACAAACAGUUGUUCGAUUCAGGAUCCAAGCACAAUGAGUGAUGUUGACUUGGAGUCAAUUGCAGACCUGAACGAAAACAUAUUUAAACCAAAAUGCACAGAAACAAGCGAUCAUACAAGUACAGAUGUAAAUAGAAGGAGCUAUCCUGAGGAUUCAAGUGAUAAAGAUUUGUCGAACAGUUUUUCGAUUCAGGAUUCAAGCACAACAAGCGAUGAUGACUUGGAGUCAAUUGCAGACCUGAACGAAAACAUAUUUAAGCCGGUGCGAGGUAAUUGCAAGAAAAAGUUUGUAAUGAAUGAAACUGAUUGUCCUCUGUGCGGAAUAAAACAUUUUUUUAAGUCGAAUCUUGUUGAACAUAUACGUAAGAACCAUCUGAUUGCUGACGACACAAUGUUCACCUUUCCGCAGAACUCUGACACAGAUACUCAUCUGACAAAACGACUUGGUUUUAGAGACGAGAUAUAUUUUGAAUGUCGCCCAUUCGCUUGUUGA